AUGCGCAAAAGCGACGUUCAAUUGACUGCCACUCCUUCACCAAAAAUGCGGCUCUUAGCUACUGGAAGAGCUCUGCGGGCUAGCAGUGGCAAAUGGUUCAUUGUUGCGACUCGUCCCAUAAUUCGCAGCCCUCGAUUGCAUUCACUCCGUGACACCGUCCCGACGGCCACUCGGAGCUGGAGCUCAACCGCAGCUCUCCGCACUGCAGAUCAGAAAUCCGGUGCCGACUCACCAAGCACGAAAUCACACUUGAAAAUCGAGGGCGCAACAUACUCCACAGAUCAAUGGACCAACACCCCUGACACAAUCUUGUCGCAUGUCGGCCGACGACUCUACCUUGACGAGAACCACCCUCUCGCUAUUACCCGCAAACUUAUUGAGAGCCAAUUCCCCUCUCCAGUCUUCGGUAACUACUCGGAGAAAAACCCGGUCGUAACAACUAGACAGAAUUUCGAUGUCUUGGGUUUCCCGCCGGACCACCCGGGUCGUUCUCGCACGGAUACCUACUACAUCAACGACAAGACGGUCCUACGCACACAUACAAGCGCGCACCAGCAGGCAUAUUUCCAACAAAUCAAUCGCAAUGAGAAACUUCGCCCGGAAGAAGUCGGAUACACAGUGAUUGCCGAUGUCUACCGCCGUGAUGCCAUUGACCGCAGCCACUACCCGGUCUUUCACCAGAUGGAGGGCGCCAUGCUGUGGAAGCGGCCGGACAGUAACCCACUUGCCAGCGCUGCGGAAACAGUCGCUCAGAUCAAGGCUGACGUGGAUCUCAUCCAGCGCCAUGAUGUGGUCGUCGAAGACCCCAACCCAACCAUCCAUGCCCAGCGCAAUCCCUUACAGGCCGAGCACCACAGUGAGGAGGAGGUCGAGGCCAUUGCGGAGCACCUCAAGAGGUCCCUUGAGCGCAUGGUUAUCAAGGUUUUCACUGAGGGUAGCAAGGCCGCCGCGACCAGCUCUGAUGGCAAUGUCGAAGCGGAGCCUUUGAAGGUUCGCUGGGUCGAGGCGUACUUCCCCUUCACUAGCCCGUCAUGGGAACUUGAGGUCUUCUGGCAGGGUGACUGGCUAGAGAUCUUGGGCUGCGGUGUCAUCAAGCAAGACCUCCUUAUCAACUCCGAUGUACCAAACCGCAUCGGCUGGGCGUUCGGUCUGGGAAUCGAGCGCAUAGCCAUGCUCCUCUUCAACAUCCCCGACAUCCGUCUCUUCUGGUCUCGCGACGAGCGCUUCCUGUCGCAGUUCCGCGCUGGAGAGAUCACGCGCUUUAAGCCAUUCUCCAAGCAUCCUGCAUCCUACAAGGAUGUUGCCUUCUGUGCUGCUGGCGGUGCCGUGCCUUUCCACGAAAAUGACGUGAUGGAGGUGGUCCGGGGAAUUGGCGGUGAUCUUGUUGAGGAUGUCACCUUGAUUGACGAAUUCACGCAUCCCAAGACUGGACGGAAGAGUAUGUGCUACCGUAUCAACUACAGGAGUCUGGAGCGUACCUUGACGAACGAGGAGACCAACGAAAUGCAUAACAAGGUUCGGGAGAAGCUCGUCGAGGACUUCGGAGUAGAGCUGAGGUAA